UAGAAGAUGCGCCGAAGAAAGACGUACUUAGAUCGUUCCUAGCACAGCCGAAAAGACCCGAACAUUGAUUUGCACCAACGUAGAUCUCCUAUGAAAUGAACAAUAGCUGUUGUUUUUAUUUGACUGCAAUGCAGACACAUCACUCUGCGUUUUGAUACUGAUAAUCACCAUCUUGUGGUUCUCCAAGUACGCUUCGUCUAACAUUGAAAACUGUGAAAAGACUAUGGCUUGCCAUCAUGUGCCUUUUCCCACCUUAAGACCAUCAUGGAAAGUCGCUCUUGCUGCUUGUAAAGUCAAUUGGUCGUGGAAGAGUUGUAGGUUUUCCUGCUCACGCUACGCUCCCAUGGAGCCUGGUCCCCAGGACAGACCUAAACCUCCAAUGCACACACCUGUUAUGCUUAAAGAAGUGCUCUGGUGUUUAGAUAUUCAACCUGGCCAGGUUUUCAUGGACAUGACUUUUGGAGGUGGAGGUCACACAAAGGCCAUCCUGAGGGCAAUACCUGAUGUAACAGUAUUGGCCCUAGAUCGAGACCCCACAGCUUUCAAUUUGGCUCAACAGCUGGCCAAGAAACACAGUGGCCAGGUGCACCCGCUGCUAGGGCGUUUCAGUGAGCUGGGAACUCUGCUGUCUCAUUGGAAGUUGCCAGUUAACGUAGAUGCUGUUCUUCUGGAUGCUGGCUGCUCCUCCAUGCAGAUGGACUGUCCCAAGAGAGGUUUCUCCCUUAGUAAGGAUGGCCCUCUUGACAUGAAAAUGGAUGCUGAAAGGUACCCCGAGAUGCCUUGUGCCGCUGACGUUGUGAAUGCCUUGGAUCAACAGGCUCUUGCGUCCAUCCUCACCAUGUACGGAGAGGAGAAGCACGCUUGGAAAAUAGCCUCAGCUAUAGUGGAGGCACGCAAUGUCUACCCCAUCACCCAGACACAGCAGCUAGCCAGCGUGGUGGCAGGAGCUUUUCCUGCUGGUGCUCUCUAUGCCCGCCAAGAUCGGCUUCAGCGGCCCUCACACAUUGCCACAAAGACAUUUCAGGCACUGCGUAUGUUUGUCAACGAUGAGUUGAAUGAACUGUAUGCUGGACUCUGCGCUGCACAGACAAUCCUUAAACCUGGCGGCCGGCUCUGCGUAUUGACCUUCCAUUCACUAGAAGACCGUUUGGUAAAGCGUUUUCUUCAAGGAGAGGAUUUGAAUGCCCCACCCCGUCAAAGUUUUCGUCAGAAAGUCAAGAAGUCGGAAGAAGGGGUGGAUAAGGAAGGGGACAGUGGUUACUGGGUUGACCUGCAGAGAGGUGUGCUGACACCACAGGCCGAAGAGGUACUGGAGAAUCCAAGGGCACGCUCAGCUAAACUCAGGGCAGCAUUUAAAAGAAAUAUCUCUUCUAGAGCUUUUCCAUUGUAAUAUCAAUUGUAAUCCAUUGAAAAAGUUUCCAUAAUAUAUCUGCAGUACUUGUGGAAUGAUAGUGUUCUUUACCAGAAACUAAUUUAGAUAUGUAAAAAAUGCUUAAUAUCUAUUGUUCAACAAAAGCCACAUCAGCUUUUGUUGUGAAAUGGAAAAGCUGCACCCUGCCUCACCUCCACUGGUCUCAUAUAAACAAUGACAGAUUGGCUAAACAAGUGUCUUGUUAUUGGUAUUGUUCGAAGGGUGACUGGAACUACCAUUUUCCAAAAAUGUGUAAUCCAUAUGGUGAAAGUUUGGAAUAUGUGUAAAAUAAAAUGGCAGCUAGUUAGCAUACAGUCAUCCUUUAUUUCAGGUUGGUCCAUUCAGUGCUUAUCAUUUGCGCAGGGGUUAUUUUCUGUUCUCUAACUGCCUGUAAACUAUAUAGGAAUUUCACAAACUGGAAUUCACAAACAUCAUUGUUUUACAAUUUACCAUGUUGUUUUAAGAUUUUAAUAAGAAUUUUAAUUAAAACAGAUUUUCUGUG